CCCCGCGGAGCAGGUGGCCGACGCGAUUGGCUGAAGGCUCGGAUGACGUAGCAGCGUGCCAUGGUCCCACCGCCCGCCCGUCUGCGCUUAACCCCCGCAGGCAGCUCUCUCUUCCGCUCUCUCUUCCACCGCCGCUCUCACCCACAAGGAUCCCUGAACCCGCCCAGCGACAUGCUGACCGGUCUGUUCCGUGUGCACGGCCACCUGGUGGCCUCCCACCCCUGGGAGGUCAUCGUGGGCACCGUCACCCUCACCAUCUGCAUGAUGUCCAUGAACAUGUUCACCGGCAACGACCAGAUCUGUGGCUGGAACUUCGACUGCCCCAAAACCGAGGAGCAAAUUCUGAGCAGUGACAUCAUCAUCCUGACCAUCACACGCUGCAUUGCCAUCGUCUACAUUUACUUCCAGUUCCAGAACUUGAGACAGCUGGGGUCCAAGUACAUACUAGGCAUCGCUGGCCUUUUCACCAUAUUCUCCAGUUUUGUCUUCAGCACCGUGGUCAUUCACUUCCUGGAUAAAGAGCUGACGGGACUCAACGAGGCGCUGCCCUUCUUCCUGCUUCUCAUCGACCUGUCCAAAGCGUGCGCCCUGGCCAAGUUCGCCCUGAGCUCCGGUUCUCAGGAUGAAGUGAGGGACAACAUUGCUCGGGGCAUGUCGGUGCUGGGCCCCACCUUCACCCUGGACGCCCUGGUGGAGUGCUUGGUGAUCGGAGUGGGAACCAUGUCAGGGGUGCGGCAGUUGGAAAUCAUGUGCUGCUUUGGCUGCAUGUCGGUCUUGGCCAACUACUUUGUCUUCAUGACGUUUUUCCCGGCGUGUGUCUCACUCGUGCUGGAGUUGUCCCGUGAGAGCCAGGAGGGUCAUCCCAUCUGGCAGCUCAGCCACUUCUCCAGGGUCCUGGAGGAGGAGGAGGACAACAAACCCAACCCGGUGACCCAGAGAGUCAAGAUGAUCAUGUCCCUGGGCCUGGUGAUGGUGCACGCCCACAGCCGCUGGAUCUCUGAGCCCCUGUCCAUCAACACCACGGUGGGCGUCCCUCAGGUCGGCAUGGAGCUGGACCACCUCCUGCCCCGGAGGAUCGAGCCAGAGAAACCGCUGUGGCACUUCUACCUCGCCAGGAUGAUCACCAUGGACGUGGAGCAGGUGGUCUGCCUCGCCCUGGCCCUGCUGCUGGCUAUCAAGUACAUCUUCUUCGAGCAGGCCGAGAUGGAGUCCACUCUGUCGCUGAAGAACCCCAUCACCAUGUCCGCCCCGCCCCUGACCCCGCGGCGGCCCGCCGACACCUGCUGCAGGAAGGAGGCGUGUCCCCCCCGGGCCCUCUCCCCCGCCCCGGCGCCCACCAUCGAGUCAGAGAGAGAUGAGGUCAUCCGCCCCCUGUCCGCCCCGGCCGCGGGGCCACAGCCAAAGAGCUUCUUCGUGGAGGGGGACGAGGAGCGGGAGGCUGAGGAGGAGCAGCCGAGCGUCCUGCCGGGGCCCAGAGACCUGGACGCGUGUGUGGCCAUCAUCAACAACCCCGAGCUGGGGGCCCGUUUCCUGAGUGACGCUGAGGUGGUGCAGCUGGUGAACUCCAAGCACAUCCCGGCGUACAAACUGGAGGCCAUGAUGGAGAAAGCAGAGAGGGGCGUGGCCAUACGUAGACAGAUGAUCGCCGCCAAGCUGCCCUCCCCCUCCGCGCUGUCCAGCCUGCCGUACGCUGACUACGAUUACUCCAAGGUUAUGGGCACCUGCUGUGAGAAUGUGAUUGGCUACAUUCCCGUACCAGUAGGUGUGGCUGGGCCCCUGCAUCUGGAUGGGAAGCAGUUCCAGGUUCCCAUGGCAACCACAGAAGGCUGCUUGGUUGCCAGCACCAACCGCGGAUGUCGAGCAAUCGCUCUGGGAGGCGGAGCCAAGUGUCGUAUCCUAGCCGACAGCAUGACCCGAGGGCCCGUGGUCCGGCUGCCCUCCGCCUGCCAGGCCGCGGAGGUCAAGGCGUGGCUGGAGAGCACCGACGGUUUCCAGGAGAUCAAAGAGGCGUUUGACAACACCAGCAGGUUUGCGCGGCUCCAGAAGCUGCUGGUCGGUCUGGCUGGGAGAAAUCUCUACAUCCGCUUCCACUCCAAGACUGGGGACGCCAUGGGGAUGAACAUGAUCUCUAAGGGAACCGAGCAGGCGCUGCACACGCUGCAGCAACACUUCCCUGAGCUGCAGGUGAUGGCCGUCAGCGGGAACUACUGCACCGACAAGAAGCCAGCGGCCAUCAACUGGAUCGAGGGCCGGGGCAAGUCCGCCGUCUGCGAGGCCACCAUCCCCGCCAAAGUGGUCCGAGAGGUGCUGAAGACGUCCACGGCGGCUCUGGUGGAGGUGAACAUCAGCAAGAACCUGGUGGGCUCAGCCAUGGCGGGCAGCAUCGGCGGAUUCAACGCUCACGCGGCCAACCUGGUGGCGGCCAUCUACAUCGCCUGUGGACAGGAUCCGGCCCAGUCGGUGGGCAGCAGCAACUGCAUCACCCUGAUGGAGGCAUCGGGGCCCACGGGGGAGGACCUGUACAUCAGCUGCACCAUGCCCUCCAUAGAGCUGGGCACCGUAGGAGGGGGCACCAGCCUGCCCCCCCAGCAAGCCUGCCUCCAGAUGCUGGGCGUGCAGGGAGCCUGUCAGGACUGUCCGGGGGAGAACGCCCGGCAGCUGGCCCGGGUCGUGUGUGCCACCGUGCUGGCUGGGGAGCUCUCGCUCAUGGCUGCUCUGACCGCCGGCCACCUGGUCAAGAGUCACAUGACGCACAACAGAUCCAAGGUGAACCUACAGGAGACUCCAGGAACGUGCACCAAGAAGGCUUCGUGAGGGCGAGGAGCCUCCUGCAGCCGGCCCAGGUCACCUGACGGGGCGGUGAAGUACGGACAAUGUGAAAGGGACUAAUCAUUCAUCAAGACACCACAUGUCCUCCAAGUGCACUCGGAGAGACACUAGUGACCAAUCUCAAUGCUGAAAAAGAGCAUAUUCAUUUUCUGUUUAUUGGGCUUUAAGCAGAGCAGUUAAUUACUGUCUUCUUCUAUUUCAACUUUUAAGAGUGCUGUCAGGUUUUUAGUGGUAUUUCUGCUGGCCUGUUGCCAAAUACACGACCAGCUGACGGGGGCCGAGUGUCCCAGUGUUCGGCUAAAACGCACUGACCGCAUGAAGGAAUCAAUACAUGAGAGACUGCUGUCCGCAUCCAAGAGGCACUUAAAUACCCAGACUGCAAGCUUCCUUCAAAAGUGCUGAGUUCACCUCCUGCACAUGUAAGGACCAAAUCAAAGGGAGGAUGAAUAAGUGAUGCUGAAACUGCUCCUCCUCAACCAAAGAGCGGUUCAGUCCCCACGGUGACCCCAGAGGGCCUCCAGGGAAUCUGGAGCGAUCUUUAUCUGACAUGAGGUGCACAUGGGGGCCACAUAGGCGCCGCCCUGUGGAAUUUAGUUAAUGAUCAGCUGCUGGGGGAAAUGUUGACGCUGCGUUUGGUGACGUCUCUAACAUGCCAGCUGUGUAACCGGGGUCUUUGUGCAACAUUUUCACAAAGAGGGGAAAACACGUCAGCAGGGCAGAAUGGAAAGAAAAUGUGUUCGAUAUAUUUUUGUAAUAAAUACAAAAUCUAUUUUGAUUGAUCAAGUCGUCUGUAAUAUGGAAUUCUAACAAUAACCUGACAGCAAACGCGGCCCCCGGCUCUCUGUGCCUCACGUGGCUCUUUAGUCCUGCUGGUGGGUUAUUGAUCACCACGGAAACGAGCCACCAUGUGCAGCCUGUGUCCCUAUGAAGUCUUGUUUGUUCCUUCUGCCCAGUGUGUUCGUACACAUUCAUGCCUGAACAGAAGGGAGAGGAAUCAAUGCAGGCAACGGAUAGGAAUCGUUUUAUUUGAUCAAUGCGAUACCAUUUGUUAAUGUACACCGUUCAAUAUUAACUAAAUCAAUGAGUACAUAUUUUGUAUGCGAUAUGCAUUCAUCCCCCCGUCUGCAAUGAACGUUCCGCUUUAUGACGCAUCACAUUUGUUCCAAAAUAAAUGCAAAUGCUCAAAAGUUAA